GAUUAUGAAGGACAAUAAGACCAUUCGACGCUCAAUUUCAAGUCAUCCUUGCCAUUCUUUGCCAUCUAAGAGCGGCUGCUUACAUAAGACACAUCAGCACAGGUGGUUUUCCUGACCCAAAUUCGCGACGUGAAUGCGCCGUCGCCCGAACUCUCUCCAGCAACAACCCUCUCAUAAUCACAAACCGCCAAGAUGCCGCCGCCACCACCGCCGAGAAAACCCGAUCCCAAGGCGUCCGCCGCCGCAAAGGAGGAGAAUAUCUACAUUCCCUCUUUCAUCAGUAAACGUCCCUUUUAUGCCGGCGAAGAAGGCGAUGACCAGACCGAUUACCUCGAGCAUCAGCGUAUCCAGAAGAAGAAUGAGCAGUCGCAAUGGUAUGAUCGCGGUCGCAAGGCCGGCCCAGCGGCCACAAAGUACCGAAAAGGCGCAUGCGAAAACUGCGGCGCCAUGACGCACAAAGCCAAGGAUUGCCUCAGUCGGCCGAGAGCGAAAGGCGCAAAGUGGACCGGCAGAGACAUCCAGGCCGACGAGGUCGUUCAGGACGUCAAGCUUGGCUGGGAUGCCAAGCGUGAUCGCUGGAAUGGAUACGACCCCAAGGAAUAUCGCAACGUCGUCGAGGAGUUCAACGAGAUGGAGAAGCUGAGGAAACAGGCGUUGGCCAAAGGCGAGACGGGGGAGGAGGAACAGGACGAUGGCGACAAGUACGCUGAAGAGAACGACAUGAGCAAGCAUCAAAGCACAGCUACGCGCCAGCUGAGAAUACGAGAGGACACGGCGAAGUACCUGGUUAACCUGGACCUGGAAUCCGCCAAGUACGAUCCAAAGACGAGAUCCCUUGUGGACAGCGGCGCAACCGUGGACAAGGCUGCGAAUCUGUUUGCAGAGGAAGGUUUUAUGCGCGGCUCGGGCGACGCCGGCGAGUUCGAGCAAGCACAGCGAUACGCCUGGGAGGCCCAGGAGAAGAGUGGUGACACGACAAAACAUUUGCAAGCCAAUCCUACGGCCGGAGAAUUUUACAGGAAGAAGGAGAAGGAAGAGGCCGACAAGAAGCGCGAAGAGCGUGAGAAGAAGCUCAAGGAUCUGUACGGCGACAACUCGCAGUACACCAUGCCCGACGAGUUGAAAAACGUCAUCACCGAGUCGGAAAAAUACGUCGAGUACGACGAGAGCGGUCUUAUCAAGGGUGCGCCAAAGGUUAUCGCCAAGUCAAAGUACCCCGAGGACGUCUACAUCCACAACCACACAUCUAUCUGGGGCAGCUGGUGGUCAAAUUUUCAAUGGGGCUACGAAUGCUGUCAUUCGGUUGUCAAAAACAGUUACUGCACGGGCGAGGAGGGCAAGUUAGCUUGGGAAGCUUCUGAACGGCAACGCACGGGAGCCUCGUUAGCACUCCAGAUGGAGCAGCAAGCAGAGAUUCCCAAGGCGGAUGACACCCCGGUGAACAAGCCGGCGACCAAACGGACAGCGGAAGAGAUGAUGGGCGGUGUCACGGAGGAAGAGAUGGAGGAGUACAGAAGAAAAAGGACAGCGGCGAACGACCCGAUGGCCAAGUUCCUGGGCAAGGAUGAAUUGGUCUAGGCUACCUAGAUAUUUAGGCAUGGCUUAUGAGCAUUGCAUUGGACAAACAUGAUACCCAUUUCCCUGUCAAACGUUCGCAUGCAAGACGAUGCCUUGAGGUGGUGCCCUGAACUGAACAAGAAAAGACUUUUGUAUAACAUUC